CCAGGCCACUGCGUCGGCCAGGCAGAGAUUUGUUGCUUAUAUAUAAUAAUUGAGUUUUGUGUUUUUAGUUUUAUUAUUAAGGCAAGAAUAACUCACGUUUUUUGCGGAAACCGAAAAAUACAGGAAACUUGAAAUCACCUUUCACCCCAACACCUGGAGAGAUGGGCAGGUCUCUGCAUGGAUUCUCCCAGUCCCAUGGACCCCCAGAUGGCAGAGCAGACCUUUGAACAGGCCAUCCAGGCAGCCAGCCGGUUCAUUCGAAGCGAGCCAUUCACCAUCCGACGCGUCCAGUCCUUGCCGGUGAGGCUUAUGGGCCACAGCCCAGUGCUACGGAACAUCACCAACUCCCAAGGGCCCAGCAGCUGGAGGAAGAGUGAGGCACGUGGCCAAGCUGGCCGAAGCCCUUUGGAGGACAAAGAGAAUGAUGGUUUUGUCUUCAAGAUGCCAUGGAAGCCCACACAUUCCAGCCACACCCAUGCUCUGGCAGAGUGGGCCACCCGCAGAGAAGCCUUUGCCCAGAGGCCAAGCUCAGCCCCCGACCUGAUGUGUCUCACCCCUGAGCGGAAGAUGGAAGUAGAAGAGCUGAGUCCGCUGGCCCACCGCUUCUCCCUGACCCCCACCAAGGGGGCUACCGAGGAAGACGAUGGGUUUGUGGAUAUCCUGGAAAGUGACUUAAAGGAUGAUGACGCAGUUCCCCCAGGCAUGGAGAGUCUCAUUAGUGCCCCACUGGUCAAAACCUCUGAAAAGGAAGAGGAACAGGACCUCGUCAUGUACAGCAAGUGCCAUCGGCUCUUCCGCUCUCCAUCCAUGCCCUGUGGUGUGAUCCGGCCCAUCCUUAAGAGGCUGGAGCGGCCCCAGGACAGGGACCUGCCUGUUCAGAAUAAGCGGAGGAGGAGUGUGACCCCUCUGGAGGAGCAGCAGGAGGCGGAAGAACCUAAAGCCCGUGUCCUCCGCUCCAAGUCCUUGUGUCAUGAUGAGAUUGAGAACAUCCUGGAUAGUGACCACCGUGAACUGAUUGGGGAUUACUCCAAGGCCUUCCUCCUACAGACUGUGGAUGGAAAGCACCAAGACCUCAAGUAUAUUUCACCAGAAACGAUGGUGGCCCUGCUGACGGGCAAGUUCAACAACAUCGUGGAGAGGUUUGUUAUUGUGGACUGCAGAUACCCCUAUGAGUAUGAAGGCGGGCACAUCAAGACUGCCGUGAACUUGCCCCUGGAACGGGAUGCUGAGACCUUCCUGCUUCAGAGCCCCAUCACGCCCGGGAGCACGGACAAAAGAAUCAUCCUCAUUUUCCACUGUGAAUUCUCAUCUGAGCGCGGGCCCCGCAUGUGCCGUUUCAUCAGGGAACGAGACCGGGCCACCAACGACUACCCCAGCCUCUACUAUCCUGAGAUGUACAUCCUCAAAGGCGGCUACAAGGAGUUCUUCCCCCAGCACCCGACCUUCUGUGAGCCUCAGGACUACCGGCCUAUGAACCACGAGGCCUUCAAGGAUGAGCUAAAGACCUUCCGCCUCAAAACUCGAAGUUGGGCUGGGGAGCGUAGCCGGCGGGAGCUUUGCAGCCGCCUGCAGGACCAAUGAAUGGCCAGCCAUGGUCACACCUACCUUCAUUGCCUCACGUGGCCUGGGCACCAGCCACCCAGGGGCCUGGAGGGCUGAGGGUCUGCUGGAGGCCCCAGGUACCAUCCAGGGAAAGAUGGUGAGGGUGUCCCACCCAUCUGCCCCUAGCCCUGAUCCCCUUGUCUCAGUCCAACCAUACUCUAUAUCCUAGUGCCAUCUCCCUACCCAAACCAAGCCCCUGGAAGAACCCAGUCUGUUGACUUAGUGAAAUUGGAUUAAGUCCUGCUCAAAGGAAGUAUUUCGUGUCUAGCAGGAGAUUUUUUGCUUUUUUAUUCCUUGUUCAGCUAACUCUUUGUCUUUUUGUGUCUAGAAAAGCUUCCUCUUUUUUUUUUUUUUGUAUGUGUGAUGCUGGGGAAAAGCCACAGCUCCCAGGAUGGGCCAGAGCCGAACUCCUCCCUGCCCUGGGAGUUAGCACUGUGUCCUGGCCCUUACAGCACUCCUGGCAUGUCUGUGCAUUCCCCUACCUCGUUCUCUCUUUCCUGUCCCUCCUUACAUACACCUCUAGCACAAACAUAAGCUCUUACUCUUUCUUGUUUCAGUGUUACUGCAGGUUUGAUUUGUGUGUCUUGAUUUUUCGCCCAUCUCAGGACAUUCACAGGCUGAGGCUUAGGCUCCCCCUGUGCAAUUGGGGUUAGAGACUCGGACUUUAAUUACUUACUUGGCCUGGCUUCUGUUGCCUCAGAAAGGGAUGCUGUUAUCCUCUGGGGCACCUGGGUGAGGGCUAAGGCCUGCAUCCUUAACCUGACUGGAAGCCCAGCCCCCACUGCUGUGAAACCUGAGGCCUGACUUGUCAGAACUUGCUGCUGUCUUAUUGUGGAUGGACAGAUGGAUGGACAAAUGGAUGGACGAUGGAUGGAUGGAUAGCCGUAGAUGGCAUAGUGCCUUGCACAUACAAACUGCUUAGUGGAAGCAUUUCAGUGAGUGCGUCAGCCUGCAGCAGGAGUAUAUGUGUGACUGUGUGGACAAAAUCUUUACACUUUGUAAGUUUUAGAAAUAUUGAAGAGGAAAUGUCAUUGAAGCAGCUAAACCAAGGACAGAGCCACCUCUCAAUUCUUAAUCUCAGGAUGUGGGAAGGGCUGUGCUUGAAAGCCCUGAUGAGUCAUCUGUUAGGGUUUUGUUUCAAUAAAGCACUGAACAAGUUGA